GUGCGGUGUGGCAUUCAGUUAGUUUAUUCGCUGGAAUUUUCUUCUGGGGCGUGGUGCCCACCCCGAGGGUCUGGCGUGUCUCUGGCUCCCUGCUCGUCUCGCGUGUUAGUGUAGUACUAGUUGAUUUGUGGUAUAUGGAUACCUGCUCGUCUGGUUCGUCUUGCGGGUUCGUCAUAGGAGUCGAAAUGUGUUCGGGUCGCGGCAACGGAAAAGUCCAGGGUCCAGGGCAAAGAGCAUUCCAUUCCGUCCCUUCCCUACCCCGGAAAAAUGGGCAGUUUGGAAUUAAAGAUGGUGGUGUAGAGAGUUGGGCCAAUGGUUGGGGCCAUGGUUUUAACAUGGGCAGCAUGGAAGCUCUGGGAGCGCAUGUCGUCGACCUAAGUAACCUAAGGUAUGGUAGCGCCCGACCGGGACUGGGGCUCCAAGGCAAUGUGUCUCUCGAAUUGCGACCUUCUCCAUCCAAAGUAGCAGGCAUCCAGCCCGUCGCGAGUCCCACCUUGCCCUCCGUCGCAAUCACAUUCGCAUUCUUCUCCGUCCCGACGACCCAAAUCGCCCGCGUUGUGGCUCACACGGUCGCUUCCCGCGCGCCGCCCCACGGUCGCCGCACCCGCCUAUUCCCUUCCUUCCGUACCGCGCGCAAGACUGGUUUCGAUUUUGGAGUCCGGAUAUAGACUAAAAAAUAAGAGGAGUGUAGCUGACGCAGAUGCAGUAGGGUCGAAGCAAGCAAGCCUACGCGGGACUCCAGGCAACCAGAUGAAUCAAUCAAAUUCUGUUGUCUGCCUGUCUAGAAAUCCAGAACGCACAUUACACUUAGCAACCCCGGUCCUGCCUCCCCACACGGCCGGAAGCAGACAGCUCUCUGGCCAAGAAGAAUAAGAUUAGCACAUAAUCAGCAUCCUUCGUAUCUUGCAGGAGCAGAAUUGCAGAAUUGGACCCCAACAAGCUCGAGCAGUGGCAAUGCUGUGCACAUGCCAGAGCGAAGCUCCUGCUAUGCAGCUUUCUCUCAUCGACUCCUUGUUUUUUUCCUGGUU